AAUCCUGAAAAACGGAUGACGAGACGACGCCAUCUUCGCUUACAGAGCUCAUCCGACGAGGAUGAUGGCCCAGUCGAUGCCCAUCCGAACCCUAACCCUAACCCUAACCCUAGCUCUCAUCACGUCGAGGUCUCCGAUGACGAGUUCGUCGACGUGCCCGACGCCUUCUCCCCUCCCUCUCCCCCUCCCAUCCCCUCCUCUGUGGCGGCGAGAUCCACCAACGAGGUCCUUCGGAGGCUGGGGCUAUCUCUCCGUCCGGAAUGGCUUGAAUCAUGCCUCUCAUCGCUCGCCGGCGCCGUUCCGGGGUUUGAAACAUUCGAUGCGACCGCAAAGGCCAAGAUGUGCUUCGAGGAGUUCCUGCUUUCUGAUAUGAACCAUUCUGGUGCUGGAGUUCUUCCGGAUAAUGUGUGUUCGAUGCAUAAGGUCGAGCUCCAAGGGCCUUUUGUUCUUCAGAUCGAUGAAAUAGUCAACAUUUCUUCGUCUCUUCGAGAAAGGUAUUGUGAUGCUCCGGCAGGGGUUAAACGGUGUUUGAAGUUGUUUAUGACGGAUGGGCAUCAGCAUGUUGUUGGUAUGGAAUAUAGGCCUAUCAAAGAACUGGAUGUUCUUGCCUCUUCUGGUUUAAAGAUUGUCAUCCGAAAUGUACAAAUACGACGAGGACUCUUAAUGCUUGUUCCUGAAGUCCUUGAGGUUCUUGGUGGGUUGGUCGGGGAAUUGGAUGAAGCACGUAAAAGACUAGUUGAAGAAAUAAACAAGCCACCCCGUGGGAAAAGGAAGCAACAUAAUCUUCCUUUAUCUCAGAGAGCUUCUCUUGCUGCUUGGUCUGCAGGCGUGAUUGAUAACACUUCCGAAGCAAACAACUCAAUACCACAGAGAACAAUUAAUCGUCAACCAGUCACCCAAGAGAGUAACAUUCGUGAAAGUAUUAUACAAGAGUUUGUUGAACCACUUUAUGGAGGAAACAGAACAGAAGAAUUUGUUGCUCCACAGACUGAAGGAAAUGUGGCUGAAGUAAUCAUUACACCCAGUGUCAGAGGGAGCAAUUUAGAAAGACAUGCUUCUGCUGGAAACAGUUCAGCUCCUGAGCCUAAGACAACCUUCUGUUCUGUAUCAGAUGCAGAUGAUCAUCAGGGAGCUGACCAUCAAUUUUUUUUAAGCGGGGAGAAAGAAAUUCCUUUUACAUAUUUGGCUUGUUUGCUAGCCAGAUGGACGGAAGAGAAAGACAGAGAACCAGUUAUUCAUGGAAAAAUCAAGUGCUUUUUGACUGGGGUUAAAGGGUUUCAAUUUAAACAACGAAGUACCUUUGAGCUUCGUGUUUAUGUUGAUGAUGGCAGUCUGAUAUCUGAGGUCAUCAUUGAUCAUGAUGUUGUACAGAUGUGUAUUGGUCACUCUCCAGAGGAGGUUUCUGCUGCACUUUCUUCCUCAGAAAAAAGGAUAGUGACAGAAAUGAGGGAGACAAUGAAAAGUUUUCAACUUUACUUGGCUAGAUUUGAGGGCACAAUGUUGGUUAAGAUUAGUGAGAGCACAUCUGUGCCAGUUGCUGUGGAGAUGAAUCAAGGCUGUUCAACUGCUGAUGCAUGGAUGCUCCUCAGACGAUUAAAAAUGUUCACAGCUCCUCAAACCGAACGUGGGCACAACCUUGACCCAAUUGAGCUGUCUCCUUGAUGUGUUAAAAGUGUGUUCUGUGUCAUUUGUGCUGUGGCUAUUUCACAUCAGAUGGAAACCAUGGUAAAGUUCUUUAUUCCAGCAGGGCACCAAAUUAUUCAACCGUUUAUUAUUAUUUUCAUUAUUUCCUAGCAAAACACUCCACUAAUCUCAAAACCAACACUGCACACACCUUUAGGAGGAGGAUAUUUACAGAACAUCAACACAGAUUGUCCAGUGAUU